UUGACAUAGUGCCAAGAGGUUGUAGGGCAAGAGGAAUCCCCUAAAACCCAGGUUGACCCUCCUCCAUCUCUUGCUCCUGGACAAUACGAGAAUGAACUCCUUCCUGGAGUAUUCCACUUGUAAUCGCGGGGCGAACACCUCAUAUAAACCAGGAUAUCAUCAUUUGGACCAUGGAAUUGGAGCUUCUUUUCUCCCAAGUGCAGUUGCAACAAAUGACUGCUAUAAUUCUGAUAGACGGUUCUAUGUGGGAGCAAGUGCUCCAGCCGCUGCGGCUCAACAUCAGCACCAGAACAUUGCUUACCCUCAUCAUCAAACUCAAACACACCAUGGUAACGUAGGCCUUCAGUAUAGCAUCACAGGGACAGCGUAUGGGUCACAGUCCGGCUCGAACUCGGACUAUGGACACCGUCAGUACUUUAUCAACCAAGAGCAGGACGGAAUGUACUUUAAUUCCUCGGGUUUUUCCGGCUCAAGUAUUGGGAACGGCUCCCUCGCUGGUGGAUACUGCGGGACAUCCAGUCAUUACCAACACCACGACUGUGGGGACGAGGAACGACACGGGUAUUUGCACAGCACCUACGCCAGCACGUCCCCUUCCCAGGGUGGAGAGAAGGGUCUGAAUAGCUAUCCUGACCAAAUCCCAUCGGGAAAAACUUUUGACUGGAUGAAGGUUAAGAGGAAUCCCCCUAAAACAGCUAAAGCAACAGAGUAUGGAAUCGACCGUCAACAAAACACAAUCCGCACUAACUUUACGACCAAACAGCUGACGGAGCUCGAGAAAGAAUUCCACUUCAGCAAAUACCUGACCAGGGCCCGGCGCGUAGAGAUCGCUGCCACACUAGAGCUAAACGAAACUCAGGUGAAAAUCUGGUUUCAGAACCGUAGGAUGAAACAGAAGAAGCGGGAGAAAGAAGGCUUGAUCCAGGCCAGCGACCGGGGUUCAUCCAAAGAACUCGGAGACAAUUCAGACCACUCUACUUCUUCUUCAUCUCCUGGAGCCUCUCCCAGGUCCGAGACCUCAUGAGUUCCGGAUCUUGACACUGAACUGUUUUUUUCUCUUCCAUUAUUAGGGCGUCGAUACUAGAAACAACUAAAUGGAUGGCCAAAUAAAACGCCUCUGCCGUAUUGAGGAAAAUUAAGCCAAAGCGGAAUAUGCAAUGUUCCAAGAAAUUAUCAGGAUGACAGUGUCUCAAAAAUAAUCAUAUCCAAGUUCUGGAAACACUUCUUUAUUUUUGCAGAGCUGAAAGUGGACGUUUAUAUCUUUGACAUUCCACACUUAAAAUAUAUUAUCUAUGCAAUGUUUAAAAAUUGAUAUUACAGGGAGGAGUUAAAACUCUUGAUAUAUGUCUUUUUUUAAAAUAUGUUGGAGAAUAUGGAUGAUAAUCAAUAAUGAUGAUGUCAAUAGCGUUGACAUAUCAAAUGCCGCCAAGAGUCUUUGCACUAUGCGAUUACAGGAUAUGUCUCCAAAUGUUCAGAUUCAAGAAUCCUUUUUCAGAAUGUAGCCAUGUAACGCAUUAUUUUUAGCGAAUAUGCAAUAUGUAGCCUAUGUCUUAGACAGCUUGUCAGAUCAUAUAAUUCAUUGUAAUUAUGAUAUCAUGAAUAAAAUGUAUACUUUUAUUCUAAUGCAUUCAAUUGUUUUACAGAAUGUAAACUGGAUUGCCAUUAUGAGUAUUUAUUUUAUUGUGUAUACAAAGUACAAUACUCUGUUAGAGUCGAAUGAACACCGGACCUUUUACCGUGUAGGCCUAGGCGACAAUAGUAGCUAUUGCUGACAUGGGAUUUGAAACUGCAGAGAUAUUGUUGUUUAAAUCGUGAACACAGCCUGAAUUAUCCAAACAGCGGAACAUUUGAGAAGAAUGGAAAUUACAAUGGAUUAACGGGGCCCCUGUGAAAUGUUUUUUU